GAAGGCACCACACCGCCCACCGGUCCGACAAGAUGACGGCGCUGCCGCUGCUGCUGCUGCUCGCCGCGACCGCCGCUGCCAUGAUGCCGGGUGGCGAGGACAUGGCGCGGAUCCAGCGCAUCCUACAGUCGCCGGCCGCCCGCAAGGUGGUGGACGAGUUGGGUCUCACCGUGCCCGAGAUGCCCCAGUACGAUGUCAUGGCCAACAUCGAGAACGUCGACAUCAACCAGCUGGCGACGCAGGCCGGCGACAGCGGCUGCCUGCCGGCCGGCGUCAGCUUCGCCGACAGCACACGAGACGCCGUGCGCAACUGCAUCCGGGACUCUUACAACGCCGUCAAGAGUAACCCGCUGGGUCGACCCCGGCGGCCCGCCCGACGCCGCUGGGGCCGCAGCCUGAUUGGCAACAUCAAGGCGCGCGCGCAGCAGCGAGCCAUGACGCUCAUGCAGACGUGCCUGCUUGCCAACCUCAGCCUGACGGCCGACGGCCAGCUCAGCCAGAGCGGCGUCGACGCCAUAGUUGACGGCAUGACGGCACCCGACGACUUCAAGCAGCACAAGAAGCAGCUGGCGCAGGUGUGCAUCGCCGAGACGCCCGCCGCACUGAGCGGUGCCGCGCGCCAGCAGUUCCAGCUGCGCUGCCUCGGCGAACUGAACGGGCUCGACUGUGCGCUAGGCGUCGCCAACCAGACGUCACCGACGCUGGAGCUGGCCGCGCGCGAGUCGGCCGGCAAGUGUCUGAAGAAGGGCCUGCGGCCGUCGGCGCGCGCCAUCAUGGCCCAUGCCGCCUGCACGGCCGAGGAGGUGUCGUCGCUCAUGCGCCAGCGGCUGACGGCGACGGCUGCCGGCCGGCGACGCCGCGACACCGACGCCAUGAUGCUGCUGCGCCACAUCGGCGGCCUGGAGGGCGUCGAGCGCGCGCUGGGCGUCGGACCGACGCCGCGGCCGUGCCGGCCCACGCUGUUCCGCCGCUGCCCGCCGCCGCCGCCGAAGCGUCAGCUCACCGAACAGCAGGUGGACGAGUACAUCGCACGUGCCGAGGCCGUCGUCGGCCCUCUGGACCAGGUGUUCGCCGGCGUGCCGCAGCGGGCCGACAGCGUCACCGCCUGCUUCCUCGGCGCCAUGGACACGCUCAACGACGACGGCAGCGUCAACGUGGACGCCUUCCGCGCCAUGGUGGCCGAGUUCAGCGGCGACGACGAGGAGACCACCGCACAGCUGCAGGCCACGCUCACCAAGGUCAUCGACUACUGCGAGACGGAGGGCCUCACCGGCAGCGCGCACGAGUUCCACGCGUGCAUCAGCACGGGCGCCGCCUACGCCUGCCGCGUGCACGAGCUGAGCAGUGGCGCCGACCAGCCGGCCGGCUAGCAGCCUGGCGUCCCGCCCCAGACCUGCCCGUAUCGACUUAUCGGAGUCCGAAUCUAUGCAUACUCAUCACUGUUGUCCUUCGUGUAAAGCGUCGCAUUGGAUAUGCCACUUCAAGUAUCUUCACACCGUCAAUCAUACAGUUUCCGUCGGAUGUUGAAUUCGACCAACACCCACGUGAGGGUGGGGAAGCGUUGCCUUAGUUCACGCUGUAUCAAACUCAGUGGUGUUAACUAGUCUCGAAUGCUCAUCAGCUUCCUUGUUUUAAAAUAUAUUAUUUAUAUGUGCUACCUUGUGUAAUACAUGUUUGCUUGACACUGAACAACCUUUUAAGGAAAACAUCAGUCUAUCCAGGAACAGAUGUUGAGACACAAAGGGAAUACAAAAACACGCCGUUUCAGAA